CAGCACGUCGGGCGCGUCGAGAUCGAGCUCUUCACGCGGACGUUCCCGAUCACGUGCGAGAACUUCCGAGCGCUGUGCACGGGCGAGAAAGGGUGCGGCGUCAGCGGCAAGCCGUUGCAUUACAAAGGCGCGAAGAUGCAUCGCAUCAUCCCGGGCUUCAUGAGCCAGGGCGGGGACACGACCGCGGGGGACGGCACGGGCGGGGAGUGCAUCUACGGGAAGCGGUGCUUCGACGACGAGUGGGGGGGCGCGGCCGGGGACGCGUACGUGAGACACUCGCGGCCGGGUCUGCUCUCCAUGGCCAACGCGGGGAAGAACACGAACGGGAGCCAGUUUUUCAUCACGCACGCCAAGACGAAGUGGUUGGACGGCAAGCACGUCGUGUUCGGUCAGGUGCUGAGCGGGUACGAGCACGUGAAGUGGUGCGAGAUGAACUGCGGGACGUUCACUGGGGAGCCGCUGUAUAACGUCGUGAUCGCGGACUGCGGGGAGGUGACGCGAGGAAAGAACGCGUGA